AUGCCUGCUACGGUCAAGACCUUUCUCGCAUCUGCCGAGGCCCACGAUGUUCUGCAGACCCUCAAAGCUGACGGGGUGGCCAUCAUCAAAUCCGCUGCCCAGCCAGAGACCAUCGAUGCAGUGCUCAAGGAAACCGGCAGCCUGCCCGAAGGACAGUCCUUCGGCCUUGCAGCGAAGAGUCCAACCUUUGUAAAGGAGCUCAUGAUGAACAAACUCUACCAUGACCUUGUCAAGCGGAUCCUCACAGAUACUUGCAUCAUCUUCUACGAGACAGAACGAACAGUCUCGACCGCCGAACCUCAGCUUUCCUUGACGGCCACCCUGACGUCAACACCUGGUUCCGCUGGAUGGGGUCUGCGAAGGCAAGACGACUGCCAUCAUACCGUUCAUCCUGCCAAAAGAGAGACAGACUUUGGGAUCACCUUUGCCGCCACGCCCAUCACUCGCUCGAACGGCGCAUUGAGGGUCGUUGUUGGAUCGAACCAGUGGAAGGACAGCAGAGACCCAAAGGAAAAGGAGGAAUUCAUUGUCGAGCUUGCCAAGGGCGACGCGAUCCUCCACUUAGGAUCAGUCUUUCUUGGCCAGCUGCCCAAUACGGGCACCGAAACCAGCACUCUUCUCACUACUUUUGCCACCCCGGGAUGGUGCCGCCAACAAGAGAACCAGUACGUUGCGAUCCCGGUCGAUGUGGUGCAGACUUUCUCGCCCGAAAUCCAGCGCUUCAUCGGAUAUUAUGUCAGUCGUCCAUACGGCGGGGCCGUCGAGCAUAUGGAGCCACUGGACUGGUUGGCUGCGAAGGGAGACUGGACAAAAUAUAUCCCUGUUGAUCUUGUCUAA